AUGGAGAAACCAAAGAUUGAAAUUCUUGAUGAAGAAGGUUACAAUACAGAUCCAUCUUGUCUAACCCUUAUACUGCGGGAAGAAGAUCAUACAAUUGGAAAUUCUUUGAAGCACAUACUCUGUCGAAUGAAAGAUGUUGAAUUUGCUGGAUACAAUGUGCCACAUCCACUAGAAGAUAAAAUUUUGUUGCGGAUACAAACCAAGAAAGGUGUUAUAGCUGGAUCCGUUUUGUUGGAAGCUCUUACUCAUCUAGAAACGAUUUUUGCAAGUAUACGAGAAAAAUUCGAAGCUAAUUACGAAGAGUUUACCAAAGCAAGUAUGUCUCAUGCAACGGGUCAGUUAAUGUCCAUUCAUGUCGGCCAGUGUGGCAACCAAAUUGGUCAGAGUUUCUGGAAGACGCUCUGUGACGAACACGCCAUUGAUGGGCGAGGUCGUAUGACAUGUGAAGAGAGCAUACAUGACAACAAGGAUGUCUUUUUCUAUCAGGCUGAUGAUGAUCACUAUGUCCCACGCGCCGUUCUGGUUGACUUGGAACCAAGAGUGAUCAAUGGGAUUAUGACCAGCGAGAAUUUCAGCAGACUUUUCAAUCCCGAUAACGUUUACAUGUCAACGCAUGGAGGUGGUGCCGGCAAUAAUUGGGCAAGCGGUUACGGACAAGGCGGAGAGGUGUACGAACAAAUCAUGGACAUAAUUGAACGUGAAUCGGAAAACAGCGAUCAGAUGGACGGAUUUCUUUUCACUCAUUCCGUAUCAGGUGGAACUGGAUCUGGUAUGGGAUCACUAAUUUUGGAGAAAAUACGAGACAGACAUAUUCUGUGUUUGCGAAUCACGAAGGAUACCAGCGAUGUUAUCGUUCACCCAUACAAUUCGGUGUUGUCUAUGGAAAGGCUAAUCGAUUUCCCAGAUCAUGUCGUUGUUAUUGACAAUGCUGCGCUGAACAGACUGGCCGCUGGCAAGUUCGAAACCCAACAGCCGACAUUUGACCACAUCAAUUCUCUGGUUUUUACUCGCAUCAUGUCGACAUCGACAGCGAUGUUCCGCUUCGAUUCUCAUGUCCUAAGAUCGAUAUGUUCUGUGUCACUGUCCCCUGUGCAACCACUGCACUUCAUCCAAGCAGGAUUCUCUCCUGUAGUGGAUCCUAAUGAGUCGUUCACAAGAAAAACAUCAGUGGUGGAUGUGGUUCGAAAUCUGUUGAAGCCUACUUCUAUGAUGGUGUCUACUGCAAGUAUGACUCGACCAACUCACUGCAUGUUGUCCGCUUUCUUGUUCCUACAGGGGCAAAUCACCUCUACUGACGUGAACACUGUCUGCUUGUCAGGCCAUCAUUCAAUUAAUGCAAUACGACGUGCACCGUGGGAUUUCACGAAUCCGUUGCGAAUUUUACACACACCUUCGUCUCCGUACAUUAAACCACAGUACAAGGUGUCGGGCUUAAUGCUGAAUAACAACACAAGCAUUGCGCCGUUAUUUGAGCGAAUUCUUCAACAAUUUGCUCGUCUCCGCAGUAAAAAUGCAUUCAUUGAUAGAUUCCAAAAGGAGGAAGGUUUCUCUGUCGAUAUGAUGGACAGUUCUGCUGAGCGAGUCCAUGAACUGAUAGACUUAUAUGCCCAAGCAGAAAAGCCGGAUUUCCUCGGUUAA